AUGAAAUGGCAGCUACCGCGGUGGUCGUUUAACGUAUCGAAGAGGCAACGAAUGAAAACCUCGCGAGAUAGGGCGAGCACUCGAGGCGAUUCGAAAAAUUCUAGUGACGCUAGAGAGGCGACCGAUUUCGGGAAUAUCUCCCGAUUCGCGCACGCUUUUGACUAGGCUACUGGCCCAGGUAAAAAUGGCGUGAACAUGUGUUCACGGUGGCGACUCGGCUGGAUUUGACGUUCGACCUGUCAAGCGAGACCCGCUCCGGCGUUAGGAUUUUCCCAUUACUAAUCAAGAGUACGCUAAGAAUAUGGCGAUCUGCGGCGAGUACAUCCGUAGUCAAUUUCCGACAAUAGACGAUGAACUCUAUCAAUAUGUGGAAGGUAUCCUGGACAGUUCCAAGGACGACUUCGAGGAUGGCGACGAGGUGUACGAGGCGAUAGGCGAGGUCUUGCACGAGGUGGCGGACAAGCCAGAAAUCGAGGUUAGACAAAUAUGCGUCAAGUUGUUAGAGCUGUUAAAAGGUAGUACCAAUGACGACAACAUAGAGAGGAGGAAAAACGGUGUUAAUAAAGUAUUGAAUGCUCCGGUGCAUUUGGGUGCUCUGGCUGCCACUUUAGAGGCUCAAGUUGAACAAAUUAAGAGUAUAUGGGUCACAACUAGAGACGACGCAAUGAAAGUGGACGCUAAAAAGCUCGAGAAAGCUGAGGCGAAAUUGCAGCAAAAGCAGGAGAAACGUAUCGUGAAUGAGCAAGGAUCGGCCAGCCGUGUUAAUACUGCCAAUAAUGUGUCCGAAUCAAGCGCUAGCGCCAGCCAGAUGACAAGUAAAAAGGACAGUCGGAUGGAAACUAAAGGCGGAGUGAACAAAACUCAGAACAUCAGAAUAGAGAACUUCGAUGUCGCAUACGGUGAUAGAGUGUUGCUGCAAGGCGCCGACUUGAUACUUACAUUCGGUAGACGGUACGGUCUGAUAGGCAGAAAUGGACUCGGCAAGACCACGUUACUUCGGAUGAUAUCCAGCAAACAAUUGAGAAUACCGUCGCACGUGCGGGUGUUGCACGUCGAGCAGGAGGUGGCCGGCGACGAUACGUCCGCGCUCGAGUCUGUGCUGGAGUGCGAUCAAGAGCGCAGUACGUUGCUCAGUCAAGAGACAAAGUUGCAAGCGAUGAUCGAGAAGGAAAACGGCUCGAGAGCGGCCGAUGCGUUAGGCGAAGAAUUGACUCGGGUGUACGAAGCGAUGCAAUUGGCCGAGGUCGACAAGGCGCCUGCCAAGGCGAGCGCGAUCCUGUCGGGACUCGGAUUCCCCGUAGAAAGACAAUCUUGGCCCACGCAAGCCUUCUCCGGCGGCUGGCGUAUGAGGUUGGCGCUCGCGAGGGCUUUGUUCUCCAAACCGGACCUGCUCUUACUCGACGAGCCAACGAAUAUGCUUGAUAUCAAGGCGAUACUUUGGUUGGAAAAGUAUUUACAAUCGUGGGAAAAAACGUUACUCGUAGUGUCGCACGAUCGGAAGUUCUUAGACACGGUACCUACUGAUAUUUUGUACCUGCGCGGCCAAAAAAUAGAGGCGUAUCGCGGCAAUUACGAGCAAUUCGUGAAAACGAAGGGUGAACGCGAGAGAAACCAGCAACGAGAGUACGAGGCCCAGCAGGCGAAGAGGGCGCACGUGCAGGAAUUCAUUGAUAAAUUCCGCUACAAUGCGAACCGUGCCGCCAGUGUACAGAGCAGGAUCAAGAUGUUGGAGAAGCUACCCGACUUGACACCGAUCGACAAAGAGAACGAAGUUACCCUGAACUUCCCCAACGUGGAGCCGCUCAGCCCUCCGAUACUGCAACUCGACGAGGUCUCCUUCAAUUACAACGGCGGGGCCAUAGUGCUGAGCAACGUGAACCUCACCGCCAACCUGCAGUCGCGUAUCUGCAUCGUCGGUGAAAACGGGACGGGUAAGACCACUCUGUUGAAGAUCAUCACGGGCGCACUGAGUCCGACGCGCGGCACGGUCCACGUUCACCGCAAUCUGAAGUUCGGAUACUUCAGUCAGCAUCACGUCGAUCAGCUGGACAUGCGCAUCUGCCCCGUCGAGCUGUUGCAAAGGCAUUUCCCCGGAAAACCGAUCGAAGAAUACAGACGAAUGCUCGGGAGUUUCGGGAUAAGCGGCAAUUUGGCUCUGCAGACCAUCAACUCCCUUUCCGGGGGACAGAAGUCCAGAGUGGCGUUCGCUCUGAUGUGCGCGGCGAUGCCGAAUUUCUUGGUGCUCGACGAGCCGACGAAUCAUCUCGACAUCGAGUCGAUCGAAGCGCUGGGUAAAGCUCUCAAUAACUGCCAAGCCGGUGUAAUCUUAGUGUCUCACGACGAACGUUUGAUCCGAAUGGUUUGUACAGAACUGUGGGUGUGCGGAGGAGGAUCCGUUCGAUGUAUCGAGGAAGGUUUCGACGAAUAUCGCAGGAUCAUCGAGAGGGAGCUUGAAUUAUAAGAAAUUUUAUUCAAAUGUGAUGUCACCCUUCGUUGUCUUCUACCGAACAGUGCGUUGUUACGAAAGUUUCAGAGAAGCGCCAUUGUUUCAAUUAAAAUCAUUAUAAAAAAACUAUUUUAUUUUGUAAUAUUUUCUUUCGAAAUGUGUUUCAUCUCGCCAAAGGUAUCUUAUUUAUUUCUUGGAUGCUUUGUGAAACAUAUUGAACCACUGUUGGUAUGCACGUCUUAUUUAUCAAAUUAACAAAUUUCUCUGGUAGUUGAAAUGAAAUGCAAAUUUCGCCCGCUGCGGCUCUAUUGUAGUCAAUUAUUUAUUUCCGCACUUCAAAUCAACACGCUAAUAUUCGACUGUGAAAUCAAGUAGAUCGCGAUCGAGUCUGGAAAUUUUCAUAUUUAAUACUAUAAUCUAUUAUAAAGAAAAGUAAUAAAAAAAUAUUGUUGUUAGAUAAA